AUGAACUUCCAAGGGGUAAUUACACCAGACGGGCCCAAGUACUUACUGGCAGCGAAUGAUCCACAAUGGGCACAAGAGGAAGCACGCCAUGAACUUCCAAGGGGUAAUUACACCAGACGGGUAUUUGUGCAUCUGUGGGGCCCCGUGGCGUGGACACGUCAUGGCAGCUUUAUUCUAGCGCAGUCUGGGUUGAUGGAGAAGUUGUCGAUGCUAAACAGCCCUACAGGCCAUCCGUACUGUUUGUACGGAGAUCCGGCGUAUGGGCUGAGCAACCACCUUGUCUGUCCUUUUAGCGCGUCAAGUGUCGGCCCUCUAACGCCAGAGAUGGCCGACUUCAACAAGCGUAUGAGCCACUGCCGCGUAACGGUGGAGUGGGGCUUCAAAGAGAUGACCGGCAAGUGGGCCUUUGUGAACAUGAAGCCGCCGCAGAAAUUCUUGCUCAGCCCUGUCGCCAAGCAGUACCGGGUAGGCACUCUGCUUUCUAACUGGCACUCAUGCAUGAACGGGGGCAUCGAGAUUUCGCAAUACUUUGGCGUGGUGCCACCCACUUUCGAGGAGUACGUAGCGGUGUAAAUGCAAGAUGCACCCACGUUGUGUGAGAAUUCUAGGCCUCUUCGGUGUUCCAGGCGUAAACCAAGACAAAUAGCCGUUUGCUGGCGUGAGCAAGUCAUGCACGAUAGACUUUCCAAUUUUAUGUGAGUUUCGAAUGAUCGGCGCCAAGAUUAUUUUUUCUCCUUGGUCCUUUAGGUGGGCAAACGCGGGCGAUGCAGAGGGCAAGCACGGACGGUGUAUGUAUAUCGUACGGGUGUAUAAGCAUUGCGUAACAAUCGGAUGCCGCGGUCAUUGGGGACAGUUAGUUUGUAGGGUUUAACGGUGAAAUCCUGGGAGUUAAACUGUUUGGUGCGAAGAAGUCGUCUCUGACGAGAAAAACUGUUACAACGUAGUCAGGCAUAGUUUACCAUAGGUGCGGCUGCGGCAACUAGCCUUCCGAAGACAUAAUACAGAAAGAAGAGAUGGUACUCAGCAGAGAACAUGAGCACAGAGUUGUAGCGGAGAUGGUUUGGCAGGCGAGACUGUAGUUGUUUCAUUGUUCCGAACCCCGAAAUUCCGGUACUCGGGCCAAUACCCCGGAGACCCUCGGAACCUGCUGUGUUUUUGCUGCUUCUUUCUUGUGUUUUUGUUUUGUUGUUGAGAUGAGACACAAGCGCGCCUUCGCCCCUUGUGCUCACUCUCAUCUACCACCCAUCAAAGCCUGACCAGGGAGUCAGUUGAUCAGAACAUCUAUCUACAUUUCUCUUUCCAAAGCUCGCUCGGGCCUACCGAUCUCGCAGCAGUGUAGACCAACCUCUGUGAUAGAGCGGUGACAGCAGUGUAACCUCUGUGGUAGACUACAAAGUCUACGAGCUACAGCAGCACCGCCACCUCCGCUGCUGCAGGACGCCACACUCUGUGA